CUAUUAUGCUGAGAAACUGCUGGUUUUAACCAGGAAAAGAGCCGUGCAAUUGGAGGCAGGGUCAGUCACGUAUUUUGGCGGGGUUUUACCUUUUACCUUCCCAGGGCAUGGCUGUCAAACCACCAACUGCCUGCAGUUCUGCAGAACCAGUAAAUCCCACCCCUGCGUGCUGAGAGGGGCCGAGCAUGCAUGGGUGUUACUUUGCUUUCCAGAGACCUUCUGAACAGUCUGACCUGGGAACUACUCUCCACAGAGACCUGAGGGCUUCCUGCAGAGCUGUGUUUAUCUAGAGAGGGACAGUGCAGAGCUGCAGGCUCCAGCUUCUGGCUCACAGGAAGAAGCCCACACACGUGACAGUGAACUGCUGGUUCUGCAAUCAGGACACGGUAGUGCCAUAUGGGAAUCGCAACUGCUGGGAUUGCCCCAACUGUGAGCAGUACAACGGGUUCCAAGAGAAUGGAGACUACAACAAGCCCAUCCCUGCUCAGUACAUGGAACACCUUAACCAUGUUGUGUCAGGUGCUAUGACUUUCUGUGAUCCCACCAAACCACAGCAGUGGGUGAGCAGCCAAAUUCUGCUUUGCAAGAAAUGCAACAACCAUCAAACCACAAAGAUCAAACAACUGGCUUCAUUCUCACCAAGGGAAGAGAACAAAUACGAUGAGGAGAUUGAGGUCUACAAGCACCACCUGGAGCAGACCUACAAGCUGUGCCGACCGUGCCAGGCUGCUGUGGAGUAUUACAUCAAACAUCAGAACCGGCAGCUCCGGGCGCUGCUGCUCAGCCACCACUUCAAACGCCGUGAGACAGACAAGACCUAUAGUCAGAAUUUAUGUUCAUCCACCUCUUCUGCUUCCAUAACCACACCAGCUCAGGUGAUACUUCUGCGGUUCUUGGCCUUCCUCAGCUGUGCAUUCCUGGUUCUGAUGGCCUUGUACGGGUCAGGCGACCCCUUCUCACCCAGCACAGCAAUCCCUGCUCCUGUCUCCUCUGGUCCCACAUCCACUCCAAACAGGACUGGCACAAGCUCACAUGCAGACUUGGAAAACGACACUUCCAUGGCGGUGGCCCGCUGGCGGGAGCUGCUCCGUCUGCUCCCAGAGCAGAUGGUGGAGAACCUGAGUGCAGCAUGGGCUUACGGGAAGAACCACCAGGUUGCAGUUGCUGUCCUUGGGCUCUUCACCUGCCUGCUGGCCAUGUUCUUAGCUGGGCGGAUCAGGCUCCGGAGAAUUGAUGCAUUUGCUUCAGUCUUGUGGUUCGUAGUGAUGAGUCUGCAUUUAGCUGAGAGAUACCUGAAGACAGAAACACCCAGCUGGCUGGACACAGCCAAAUUUGGCACCACAUCCUUGUGCUGCUUGGUGGGCUUCACUGCAGCAGUGGCCACGCGGAAAUCAACGGGCCAUCGGAGAUACCGGCCCCGAAGGUACCUCUCUGGGGAUUCCAUUACUCUCUUCCCCAGCGGCACUGGGACUGGCUUCACUUCCCCUGCUACAUCUCUCUUUGUCCCAACACCACCCAGUAUUCUCCAGCUGACAAACCAGCAGCUCUUCAGGUCCCCACGCAGAUCUUCUCCUUCCUCUCUUCCUGGGCGUCUCAACAGGGCACUCUCACUGGGAACCAUCCCCUCCUUGGCCAGAGCAGAUUCUGGCUACUUGUUCAGUGGAAGUCGCCCAGCCUCGCAGUCAUCUCAGUCCAAGGAAUCUCCUACAUCAGAGCACUUCUCCCUGCUGUCAGGCAGCUGUGCUCCCUCCCGCAUCCCUUCCCCAGCACCAUCAGUGGCUGGCUCUGUGACCUCCAGCUCGGGUUCCCUGCGGUACCGCCGCCCGCUCAUCAGCCCUGCCCGCCUCAACCUGAAAGGCCAGAAGCUGCUGCUCUUCCCAUCUCAGAAUGAAGCUCAGCUCACUCCGUCUAGCUCAGAGGAGCACACCCACUCAGACAACAACAUCUUUGCCACCGAGCUGGCCUCCUUUCCAAAGAAGAACCUCAACGAGCGGGGAAUUCAUGAUGUGAGAUCUGCUAUGGAAGGAGGGAGCAUUUGCAGUGAUAAUUCCAUCAAAAAGGAGGAUCAUUCAUCACACUCAUCUACCUGUGUGGUCGACACAACGACCAAAGGGGAAGAUUUGGCAGGCUGGAGAGGUCAUUUUGGUAACUCUGCUCUCCGAGGCCUGCUAGCCCUGAGUCUGACUCUCAAUGCUAUCUUCACGUCAGCCUACGUCUACCGGAGCCUGCGUUGAUUUGUGCCAACCUUCCCCUUCUUUCUGGUUCCACCCGCUUCGGAGGAGACAAGAAGGAUUCAACCAUGGCUUCAUGUCUAAUGGCCAUGCCACUGGUGCAUGCUGGUUUUUAAUGAACUACUGUCUACUCAACUCUCAUGACAAGGAACCCAGUUGCUGCUGCCAUCACUUCCAGGUAGAACAUAUCCCAGGAUUGUCCCUGGAGGUGGCAGGAUUCCCAGAGAGCUCCAGUUCAAAGUGAGCAGCCAGUCAAAUGGCCCUUGUGCUUUCUUUCAAAGGAACUCACCUGAGAGACAAGCCUGAAAAUGUGUAAGCUGUGUUUAUAGGAACCUAUCCCCAGCUCUUCUUUCUGACACACGAACCUCAUGCUGAUGGUGCUGGUAAAAUGAGGAGAAUUGGAACAAACGACCUGGAGAAGAGGGGUUGCUUAGUAGCUGGUGCUGGGCUUUGGCUACUGUAGCAGCAUUCCCAGCUUCUACGCCCAAUGGUUCCUCUUCUCUCUUCCUCUUGGCACUCUCCUCUAAAUUAUCAGUGAAUUUUCUUUAGUUGCCUUAAGCUUGCCUACGCACAUGGGUGACCUUGGCUGCUGUGGCAUAUUCUAGCAUCUUCUCUGUUCAUGUGCUUCCACCUGGGCUGUGCCCUGAGGCCGCUUUCACCGGCUGCCAUUCUGGUCGUGCUGGUUCUCACAACCUGUGCAUCCCUCCAGCCAGCACCGUCGCUGCAGGAGUGCACAAACCCCAGGCAGGCAUCCAUUUGUGAUUUGCAUUAGGAGGAGGAAGCCUGUGCUUUGCUUUACCCAGGAGGCAUUAAUUCUGUUACAGUGAAUUCUGUAGUGAGGAAGGAUCCCUCUGUGAUUUGCACCGUGGUCAGAGAGCUUCAGCUCACAGCUCUGCUGGUGCUGUCACUGGAGCAGCUUGUUGUUGCUGUACACCACACAAGUCUGUUCUAUUAGAAGAUACAUGAGGAGCUGUCUGACUGUAGACAUUUAUCUGGAAACCUUCAAUCUGAUAUUGGGAUUUGCUAAGUAACCAUUGAAGAUAUUGCUUACUUAGUUAAAUGCCAAGGUGCUCUCAGCUGGGAAUGCCAAACCUGCUCCUGGACAAU